AUGUCGCUUGGUAUGCAGUCCGGAGCGAUCAUGCCAUACCAGCUGUCUGCCUCUUCUUCUCUGCACUCCAUCUUCUCUUCUUGGGUUCCAAAUUUGGCAAGGCUGAAUCUGCAAGGGCGAAUUAAUGCUUGGAGGCCACAGGCAGACAUACCCGGUGAAUGGUUCCAGGUGGACCUUGGCCAUGAUACGAAGGUGACCGGAAUAUUGAUACAAGGCGCCCGAUCGUUGUCCUCUAUGUACAUCACCGAGUUCUCUCUCAGCUACAGUAAUGACGGUCUCAGAUGGGCAGCUGUGCAAAGUUCCAGCGGACAACAGCAGAUAUUUCCUGGGAACAAGGACUCAGACACCCCAAUGUGGGUCACCAUGGAGGCUCCAGUUAUAGCACGAUUUCUUAAGCUGCACCCUGAGAAAUGGAAGGGCGGUAUUUCACUGAGGAUGGAAGUGUUGGGGUGCGGUGUAUAA